AGAACGACGCAUUAUAAAAAAAAGAGAUUUGCUAUCUAAAGAUAGUAAAUUUCGUAACAUAUAUGUAGAAAAGCUAUUAAGAUGUAAAAUGAACAAACAACUAAUUAACAAAUACGAAAAUUUAUUUUUCUAAGAAGACAAAUAAGAAUAUUAAUAUAAUAAAAAAAGAUAAAAAAAUAAAAAUAGUUGAGGAACUUCUUUUGAGAAAUCCAAAUAAAUAAAUAGAACAAAAUGCACAAAAGAUUUCUCCAGAGAUUUUAUAAAGUUUUCAAAAAUAUUAAGGAUAAUAAAGUAGUAAAAAAAAUCCUUUUUAAAGUUUUAAAAAUGUUUUAAAAUGUUUUUGAAAAACUUCAGUAUUAAAAACGUAUGUUGUACGAAAAUAUUAAUUUUCCAGAGGUUUCCGUAUAACCUAGGUUUUUUUAUUAUUUUCCUUUUGAGGUUUAGAGCAGUAUUCCUACAGACACCUUCCAGAAAUGAACAAUCCUCUCAUUAAUCCAUAGAUAGAAAAAAUAAACCUUUCAUUGCAUACAUUACUUGAAAUGCUAUAAAUCUUAUCUUUAUAGCUCAGAGUUACCAUAACCAAGUCUUCAGUGUGCUGUAUGAAUUUAAUAUCUAACCCUACCACCUACGUCCUUUCUGCUUAUAAAUGGACAAUGGCUUAGCAUGGUUUCCGCAGUAUAACCAGUUCUCAUUCUCCUUUGUUUCCUAGUAUUGAUCUUUUCUCGAGAUUUGUACAUUCAGAUUCGAUGGCUAGUCCGAACUCAAAGAUGAUCGUCAGCUUGAAUCAGCAGAAUGAGAGUUAUAGCAGCUGCGUUAGGGGGUCAUCAUCAAAAUUCAGAGGAGUAAUUUUGCUCAGAAGUGGCAAAUGGGGCGCGCGGAUCGCCUAUAAGUACAAGGCUUAUUGGCUAGGAACGUAUGACAUAGAAGAAGAGGCAGCAAUCGCUUAUGAUAGAGCAGCCAUUAAACUACAAAGAAGUGAUGCUCCUCUUAACUUCCCCAUGCCAAUUUACACAGUCCAAGAAACCAAAUUCCAAGGUCAGUACUCGAAUGAAGAGAUCCUUGAUAUGAUCAAGGACAAAACUUACUUGUCUAAAUAUGCAAAUUACCUUGCAAAUCAAUCUUUGGUAAGAGAAUUUGCAUAUGAACAGGGUAUAACAUAUCGAAUGCUUUUCCGAAAGGAAUUAACACAAACUGAUGUUACUCACAUCAAAGGCUUUCACAUACCUAAAGAUCACGCAAUAGAGUACUUUCCACCACUUGUUGGUGCAAACUCAGGAAUCGGUCAUGAAAAUGGGAACAAUAAUAAGUCCAUUGACUUAAUCUUUUACGACAAACAUUGUCGUCCGUGGACUUUUCGAUAUUCAUAUUGGAAGAGUACACAAACAUAUGUGUUUACAAAAGGGUGGAGACAUUUUCUAAAGAUGAAUGACUUGAGAACUAAAGAUUCUGUAUUUUUCUAUAAAUGUGAGUAUCAGGGGAAGACGGGUGGAAGAGUGUUUUACAUGAUAGAUGUGCUGCGAACUAGUAUCCAAAGUUAUGCUGUUGGUCGGAAUUUAGAGAAGGAAAUAGGUCAGAUGAAAAGAGUAGAGAAUGAAGAAGAUGUUGAUGAAGUUAUGGAAGAAGAGGAGACAAGCAAUGGAGUUAAGCUUUUUGGUGUUCAUAUCAGUAAUGGAAAACCAGACCAUAAGCGAAAAAGAGCUCAUGAAUAUCAACAUCAGCUUUAA